AUGGUAUUAGGCAUUUUCCUGAUGACGGCAAUGGUGCCAACCAUGAUUGGGGUCAACGAGGCCUCCAAGGGCACGCGGGAUCAUGAAGACCGCCGGCGGGAAAGUGCGCGGAAACAGCGCUCUUAUCUAUCGGUCCAAUGCACGUCCUACGAUGGAUCACGGCAACAGAGACUGGCAAUCCAUAACGCGCAAGUAUACUUGGGCGCAGAUAGAAAGGUAUAUAUCACCAAAUUUCCCAGCCCACAGCUUGUCCCGCUAAGUGGUGGCUUUUACCAACACCCUGAUUUCUCCCCUGGUAAUACAGCAGGGUUUGUCACCAUCUCAAACGAAACGCCUCCCACUCUCCGCUGGGUUUAUCUGGAUUCGCAGACCCAUGAGAUACGAUGGGGAGGGAGACAAGAUAGUGAGGGACAUGUCUGUGGUCCUUUCGACUGGACAAAAGAUGAAGAGCGGGUCACACUGGAGGGCUGGGAAGGCUGGCUAGCCGUGCGACUUCCGGAUGACGAGAAGAGAGCCAAAGAGCUAGGUAUGGAGGAGGGCCAGAGCCUUUGGAGACUGUACUUUGACGAGCAUGACGAUGGGGCCGACUUACCUCCAGGCGCUGAAGCACUGGAAGUCACACUCAAACGAACCAUGGCGGAAUCCUGA